AUGUUGAUAUCAUUUUCCUCCUGACUACAGAGGCUCUGAGACAAAGCUACACCUCAAGUGAUAUGCCAGGGUCAGAACAAUUCCCGUCCUGAAGGAGGGUGUGCAACCUUCUUUAUCCCUCCUUCACAGACGUCCUUGAGCCCUUGAGACGGAUGUGAGUGAGUUUUUCAGUCCUCAUGCAAAACAACCAUCUAAACAUAACAGAUGACAUCAGCUUGGGCUUUUCAAUUCCUGGAUGGCAGCAGCGUGUUAAUCCAGCCUUCAUCCUGGAUUUCAUAAACCAAAACAAGAGAGCCUGGCAGGAGGACAGCGCUGCUGCUGGGUUGAGGAAAUUGAUGACGGGAAAGCAUGCGGGCAACCCAGUGUAUAAAACUCAUAAACGUGUAGGCAGAGGCUCAGCUACCAGUUUGGACGGCUGCUUCCCACCAGCAAAGACCACGACUGGGGAGCCGAGCCGGAGGCAGCUGGGAAACAUGAAGAGCGUCUUGCUGCUGACCACGCUCCUCGUGCCUGCACACCUGGUGGCCGCCUGGAGCAAUAAUUAUGCGGUGGAUUGCCCUCAACACUGUGACAGCAGUGAGUGCAAAAGCAGCCCGCGCUGCAAGAGGACAGUGCUCGACGACUGUGGCUGCUGCCGAGUGUGCGCUGCAGGGCGGGGAGAAACUUGCUACCGCACAGUCUCAGGCAUGGAUGGCAUGAAGUGUGGCCCGGGGCUGAGGUGUCAGCCUUCUAAUGGGGAGGAUCCUUUUGGUGAAGAGUUUGGUAUCUGCAAAGACUGUCCCUACGGCACCUUCGGGAUGGAUUGCAGAGAGACCUGCAACUGCCAGUCGGGCAUCUGUGACAGGGGGACGGGAAAAUGCCUGAAAUUCCCCUUCUUCCAAUAUUCAGUAACCAAGUCUUCCAACAGAUUUGUUUCUCUCACAGAGCAUGACAUGGCAUCUGGAGAUGGCAAUAUUGUGAGAGAAGAAGUUGUGAAAGAGAAUGCUGCUGGGUCUCCCGUAAUGAGGAAAUGGUUAAAUCCACGCUGAUCCCGGCUGCGAUUUCUGAGAGAAGGCUCUAUUUUCGUGAUUGUUCAACACACAGCCAACAUUUUAGGAACUUUCUAGAUUAUAGCAUAAGGACAUGUAAUUUUUGAAGACCAAAUGUGAUGCAUGGUGGAUCCAGAAAACAAAAAGUAGGCUACUUACAAUCCAUAACAUCCAUAUGACUGAACACUUGUAUGUAUUUGUUAAAUAUUUGAAUGCAUAUAGAUUUGUUAAAUGUGUGUGUAUAGUAACACUGAAUAACUAAAAAUGCAAUUUAGGUAAUCUUACAUGGAGACAGGUCAACCAAAGAGGGAGCUAGGCAAAGCUGAAGACCGCAGUGAGUCAAAUUAGUUCUUUGACUUUGAUGUACAUUAAUGUUGGGAUACGGAAUGAAGACUUAAGAGCAGGAGAAGAUGGGGAGGGGGUGGGAGUGGGAAAUAAAAUAUUUAGCCCUUCCUUGGUUGGUAGCUUCUCUAGAAUUUAAUUGUGCUUUUUUUUUUUUUUUUUUGGCUUUGGGAAAAGUCAAAAUAGAACAACCAGAAAACCCCUGAAGGAAGUAAGAUGUUUGAAGAUUAUGGAAAUUUGAGUAACAAACAGCUUUGAACUGAGAGCAAUUUCAAAAGGCUGCUGAUGUAGUUCCCGGGUUACCUGUAUCUGAAGGACGGUUCUGGGGCAGAGGAAAUACAUACACUUCCAUAAAUAGCUUUAACGUAUGCCACUUCAGAGAUAAAUCUGAGAAGUAUUUUACCCACUGGUGGUUUGUGUGUGUAUGAAGGUAAAUAUUUAUAUAUUUUUAUAAAUAAAUGUGUUAGUGCAAGUCAUCCUCCCUACCCAUAUUUAUCAUCCUCUUGAGGAAAGAAAUCUAGUAUUAUUUGUUGAAAAUGGUUAGAAUAAAGCUAUGACUCUACAAGGUUUUCAAACAUCUGAGGCAUGAUAAAUUUAUUAUCUGUAAUUAUAGUAAUAAUAACCUUAAUAAGCAUAAGAAAAACAGAGUCACUCUGGAUUUCAAAAAUGUCAAAAAAUGAGCAACAGAGGGUCCUUAUUUAAACAUAAGUGUUGUGACUUAGGUGAAUUUUCAAUUUAAGGUAGAAAAUAAGUUUUUAGGAGGUUUGUAAAAGAAGAAUCAAUUUUCAGCAGAAAACAUGUCAACUUUAAAAUAUAGUUUAUUUUCAUAUUCUUUUCUUUUAAACUUGGUUGAUAAGUGGAAUUAGGAGUAUAUUUGAAAGAAUCUUAGCACAAACAGGACUGUUGUACUAGAUGUUGUUAGGAAAUAACUCAGAAGUAUUUUAUUUGAAGUGAAGAACUUAUUUAAGAAUUAUUUCAGUAUUCGCCUGUAUUUUAUUCUUGAAGUUGGCCAACAGAGUUGUGAAUGUGUGUGGGAAGGCCUUUGAAUGUAAAGCUGCAUAAGCUGUUAGGUUUUGUUUUAAAAGGACACGUUUAUUAUUGUUCAAUAAAAAAGAACAAGAUACAGCUUCUCUGUGUUGAUUUGUGAUUUUGUUAAAUUGCUAAAUGUUAUUUUAACAAUUCAUUCAAUAAAUAAGAACUCUCAUUCAUAUUAAA